AUGCCCAACGUGUUUACCAAAUUAGCACCUAAAUUGACUUUCGUGGAAACGAUGCCCGAGGAGUUCAAAAACAAGGACUACUCCAACGCCCGACACAUCUCAGGCAUAACUCACGAGAUGCUCAUGUCGUUUGAGAUCCGGGGUAUCGUCGGGGAACAGACCGGCCGUAACCCUCAUUACCCGAACUCUACGGCCGACUCUAACCAACAGUUGUCCGAAGCGUUUGGUAAACCCCUGACCGACAGCGCCGACAUCACCGGCUCUCAGGACUAUACGUUCACCACAAAGAAUCAGUUAUACGCCUAUACUGUCAACUAUUGGAUGAUUUGGGGCUUUAUGCUGGACGAUCACCUGGAUAACCUGGAAUUGAACAAUGAAAACAAGCACAUCAUAUGCGAGUGGCAGAAGAAGGUUCUGUUGGGCGAAAGUGAGGGCACAACUGGUUUUGACACAAUGUUAGUAAAGGCUAUGAAACUGACUAAAGAUAUGCUGACGGCUGACCAGUUUGUACGACAAGUGACGUAUAGCGUCGGUUGGAUCGGCACAUACCUGACCGUCAAUCACACAAAGUUUAAUAACAAACUUAUGACUUAUGAAGAGUAUUGGUAUCAGCGGUAG